AUGAUACAAUACAUCAAUUUAAUUGGGGUUGCAAUUGGCUACACAAUCGCAGCCUCAGUUAGCAUGAUGGCGAUAAAAAGAUCAAAUUGUUUUCACAAAAGCCAUGGAAAGGACCCAUGCCAUAUGUCAAGCAACGGAUACAUGAUAACAUUUGGGAUUAUAGAAAUACUUUUUUCCCAGAUUCCAGAUUUCGAUCAAGUAUGGUGGCUUUCCAUCGUUGCAGCUAUUAUGUCAUUUACUUACUCUUUUAUCGGUCUUGCACUUGGGAUUGCAGAAACGACAGAAAAUAAAGAAAUCAAAGGGAGUUUGACUGGGAUAAGCAUAGGAACAUUAACUCAUGCCGGUACAGUCACUGCAACCCAAAAGUUAUGGAGGAGCUUUCAAGCAUUAGGAGCUAUUGCUUUCGCAUAUUCAUAUUCCAUUAUUCUCAUUGAAAUUCAGGACACAAUUAAAGCACCUCCAGCUGAAUAUAAGACGAUGAAAAAGGCGACUUAUUUAAGUAUUUUUGUGACGACGGCAUUUUAUAUGCUUUGUGGGUGUAUGGGGUAUGCUGCUUUUGGAGAUGAGGCCCCAGGGAAUCUCUUAACCGGGUUCGGGUUUUAUGAUCCGUAUUGGCUACUUGACAUAGCCAAUAUCGCCAUCGUAGUGCAUCUCGUUGGUGCUUAUCAGGUUUAUUGCCAACCAUUAUUUGCAUUCGUGGAGAAAUGGAGUGCACAAAAAUGGUCGAAUAGUGAUUUUGUGACUGCGGAAUAUGACCUCCCAAUUCCCUUUUAUGGGAUUUUUCAUGUCAACUUCUUUCGUGUUGUGUGGAGAACUAUUUUUGUGAUUGUUACCACUGUCAUAGCAAUGCUUAUGCCUUUCUUUAACGAUGUGGUUGGACUACUAGGAGCCUUAGGGUUUUGGCCAUUGACAGUUUACUUCCCUAUUGAAAUGUAUAUGUCUCAAAAGAAGAUCAAAAAAUGGUCAAGUCAAUGGAUAGGGUUUCAGAUACUCAGUUUCGGGUGCCUUUUGGUUUCUAUAGCAGCGGCUGUUGGAUCGGUUGCAGGAGUUGUGUUAGAUUUGAAGACUUACAAGCCAUUCAAGACCAGUUAUUGAGGUUUGAUGAUAUAUGCAAUCUCUACAAGAGUUUUAAUGGACAACUUUUGAUGUAUUCUUAUCUUAUGUAGAUCAAUGAAGUGUUAAUACUUAAAUUUGAAAUAUUAUGUAUUACUAAAUUCAUCUCACUAAUAAUAACGGCGAAUUAGGA